AAAAGUUGGGAUAGAAGGCGCUCCAGUGAGAGGAGUCAGUUUCACCGACAACCUUGUCUGUCUUGUUGACACCAAACAGCGAUAAAUCAAUUUAACGUUCGCAAGGACAAUAGAGUAGACUCGCUGUAGGACAAUCAAAAGUUUAACCAGCAUUUUAUUACCAAACGUCGCCGGGAGGAAGAAUAAUUUUUGGAUUUCUAAUCAAGGAAGAAAAGCUAGUUCACGCCGAUCGCGGGUCGAUUGCUCGCUACAAUAUUGAUUUACUAAAUUAAACAAGUUUUGUUGUUUCAGUUAACGUUAGUUCUGUAAAUGUUGUGACAUUUAAAAUAGUAUUUUGCAUUAGUCGUCGUUCGUGUGACGGGUGAACCCGAGCUGUCAACCCCGAUGACUACUGCAAAUUGCACUGGUAAUGAGGAGCUGGACUUCAGGCUGAUCUUCGGAGAGGACGGCCAACAGCAGUCGCUAGGCCCCGCAGAUCUGGAGCCUGACGACAAUACGUCGUUCUACAUCUUCAAUGUGGGCCAGCAGUCCGUGGUCAACAACCAGUCUAUGGGCCAGUCACGCAAUGGCAGCAUGCAGUCUCACUCCCACUCCCAAGUCAUCAGCUCCUCCCCCCAUCAGCACCUGCAGUCCCACAAGGUGUACGACCCCAACUAUGAGGUCCAGGACAAUGUCAAUAAAAACAAAUCCAGCCCUGCAGGUGGGGGUGGGGGGCCUCCCAAAGCCUUUGAGUGUCCUAGCAUCCAGAUCACGUCUAUCUCCCCCAGCUGUCAGCAAGAGAUGGACGCUAACGAGGACAAUCUUAGAGGUAAUGAUGGGGACUACCACCAUGGGGACCGGCCCCUGUCCAGGGACCACCUGUACCUGCCCUUAGACCACUCAUACCGGGACUCAACUCUCAGCCCGUCCCCCUGCAGCUCCCUGUCCUCCAGGAGCUGGUUCUCAGACGCCUCGUCCUGCGAGUCCUUCUCCCACGUGUACGAUGAUGUGGACUCUGAGCUGAACGAAGCGGCCGCAAGGUUUACCCUGGGGUCUCCCCGCACCUCCCCUGGCUGCUCCCCUCACCCUGGGGUCCUGGAGGAGGGUCUGUGGGCUGGGCAUCAGCACCACCACCCUGUCUUUCACCACUCCCACUCCUCCCACUCCCUGUCCCCUCGAGUCUCCCCCUGCCACUCCCCACGCACCUCCGUCACCGACGAGAACUGGCUGAGCCCCCGGCCUCCGUCCCGCCCCUCCUCACGCCCCACCUCACCCUGCGGGAAGAGACGACACUCCAGCGCAGACAUCUGCUACCCGGUGGGCUCCGUGUCCCCACACCACUCCCCGAUCCCCACCCCCGAGCCGUCCCCAAGGGGCAGCGUGACAGAGGACACCUGGAUAGGAAGCGCCUCCAUGGGCAUGUUCCAGUGCUGCCCUUCCGAGGCAGACAUCCCCUCCAAGACUAGGAAGACUUCCCAGGACCGGACAUGCUCCAUGGGGGGGAAGGGGGACCUAGGCCUGGACGACUCUGGGAACGGUUCCCCCCUCAUGGACUCUCCCUCGGAAGACACCCUGCACUCCCUGAAGAAGGACGGGCCAGGGGAACAGUUUCUCUCAGUGCCCUCACAUUUCACAUGGAACAAACCCAAACCAGGACACACACCCAUCUUCAGGACCUCCUCCCUGCCCCCCCUGGACUGGCCCCUGCCCCACCUGUUUGGCCAGUAUGAGCUGAAGGUUGAGGUGCACCCCAAGGCCCACCACCGAGCGCACUACGAGACGGAGGGAAGCAGAGGGGCGAUUAAAGCUGCAUCAGGUGGUCAUCCUGUUGUCAAGCUGAUGGGCUACAACGAGAAGCCUGUCAACCUACAGAUGUUCAUCGGCACGGCAGACGACCGCUACCUCAGACCUCACGCCUUCUACCAGGUGCAUCGGAUCACUGGGAAAACGGUGGCCACCGCCAGCCAGGAGAUCAUCAUCUCCAGCACCAAAGUUCUCGAGAUUCCUCUGCUUCCCGAAAACAAUAUGUCUGCCAGCUCCCCUCCCUAUCUCUCUUGCAGUAUUGACUGUGCUGGCAUCCUGAAGCUGCGGAACUCAGACAUUGAGCUGCGGAAGGGGGAGACUGAUAUCGGGCGGAAGAACACACGUGUGCGAGUGGUGUUUCGUGUUCACAUUCCCCAGCCCAAUGGGAAGGUUCUCUCUCUACAGGCUGCAUCCAUCCCCGUGGAGUGUUCCCAGCGUUCGGCCCAGGAGCUUCCCCAGGUAGAGAAGGCCAGUCUGACCGGCUGUCUGGUCAGCGGGGGAGAGGAGAUGGUCAUCACAGGAUCCAACUUCUUCCCCGAAUCAAAGGUCAUAUUCCUGGAGAAGGGCCCUGAUGGAAGACCCCAGUGGGAAGUGGAGGCGAAAAUCAUCCGUGAGAAAAGUCAAGGAUCGAGCGUCGUAGUGGAGGUCCCUCCCUACCACAGUAAGACCGUGACCUCGGCUGUUCAGGUGCAGUUUUACGUGUGUAACGGCAAACGGAAAAGGAGCCAAUCACAACGCUUCACUUACCUGUCAGUCCUGGUGAAGCAGGAGCACAACAGAGAAGAGAUGGAAGGGCCCCCUGCUGUGCCCCCCAUGCCUGGUAUGUCCAUGCCCCUGGCCCAUGCUGCCAGCCUGGUCCGCAGUACCCACACCCAGCUACCUUCCCCUGAACAGGGCCACCCACCGGACGGCCUUCUGUCCAGCUCUCCACGGGGCCUGGCUGCGGGCCCCGGCUCCAGCCUCCAUACUCUGCAGCCUGCCUGCCCCCUCAUGGGCUCCCCCUCCUUCCAGCACCUGCCUCACCUCCAGGGCCGAGGCCUCCACACGCCUGCUGACUGUCACAUGACGUUCCAUCCGGGCCCAGACCCUCCCAACAGGCCCUCCUACCAACACCAUCCUAUGCAGCAGAGUCACACCCACCCCGGCCACCUAAGCAACCUAAAUCCCAACCUGCCCUACAAUGGCCAGCCCAGCCUUUCCAUGAACACUGGGGUUCCGCAGGGCUAUGAGAGAAUGCCUUACCACCAGCAGCAGUCUGACCCUGGGGCCUCCCACCCCCACCCAAUGGGGCUGGGUAUGGUGUACCACUCAUCCCCAUCCACCUCCGCCCAGCAGGCCUCCAGCCCCCACAGCCCCAUCUCCACGGCGCCCCACAGCCAGCCCAUGACCCACUCCUCAUCUCACUUGCUCUCCAUGGGCUACCACUGCCCCCCCAACCCCAGCCAAGUGCCCUCGCCCACCCGACCCAACCACCCCAUGGGCCAGCCCUCACCUACCCACCCCAACCAUGCAAUGCAGCCCUCCCCCCAGCUGCAGAGAGCUAUGGGGGGCUACCACCCCACCAGCCAGAGGUCUGCCUCCUGUCCCACUACCUCCAGUGCCCCUCCAGCCCACAUGGUUGCCUCGCCCCAUUCCGGGCCAUCCUCCCCCCAGCUCCACUCCCUGCCCUACCAGUCGCCCACCUCUCCCUCCCCCACCGGCAGCCCUCUGGGCCCCCCAGCACACAGUCCCCAGGCCAGCAGCCCUGUCAUGUCCAGCCUGUCCCCAGGCUCAUGCAGCAGCAACCCCGUGCAGCAGCACCCCCUUGCCCCCCAGCAGAGCCCCUUCCCUAUGGAGGGGGAGAGUGUGAACAUCAAGCAGGAGCCGGAGGAGAGAGAGCCCACCUUCAGAUCCAUCGGCCUGCAGGACAUCACACUGGACGACGUGAAUGAGAUCAUCGGCAGAGACAUGUCCCAGUCCCCUGGUGGCGGUGCCCAGUCGUAGCGCUGUCCGUGGCCAGGCCUCCACACACCCAGCUGGGCAUAGCAGUGUCCUCACCAGCCCCAACACCACCACCUCCACCACAGGACUUUACCUGCCUCUAGGCAGGACAGGCUGGGCUGAGAUUCCCCUUUACACUUCAUGGACCUACCAGUCCACAAAAAGACCCUCCAGACACACAUGAACAAACCUUUCAUAUACCCACAUGACAGCAAAAGAGCUCAGACUCACUCACCUACACAUGUAUACAUCAGAUUAUAAACAGGACAACACCGCAGGGUGUUGACAAACUGUAGGAUUAUUGGGGUCAGUGAGUGGCAGAAAGAUGAGCAACAUGUUCUCUGUUCAGUAGACUUCGGGUUUAUUUUUAGCAUUUGUACUCAGUCCUGGGCUCAGAUCCCUGGUUUAGCGAGUGAUCACCUCCUAAACGGUUUCUAUGCAGCAAAACUCUCUGCUCUGGGUGUCUGGUUGGAGUAUGUAAUAUACCCUCUCAAGUCACAAUGUUGCCCCUAACAGUGUAGUGCUCAGUGAGGAAAAAUAGGAUCCCUCAGUAGGAAUAAAGAAGUUUGAAUACUGUACUCAUGAUUUUCUCACCAGCAUAGACCUCGACGGUACAAACACCCCGGUUGGUUGAGUGAUGUCAGAACAGCACCCCCUGGGAGUGUAGAGGUAGUACUGCAGCCCCACUGCGACCCCCCCCCCCCCCCCCCCCCAUCACCCUAGUCCUGCUUUGUCUCUGGGUGCCUGAGAGCCCCUUCUCUUCUUCUCUGGUGCUGGACUGGGAUCUGUAAUAUGCAACAUUCCACACUUCUAGUGACCUUCCAGCCAUGUAGAUAUAGUGCCUUCAGAAAGUAUUCACACCCCUUGACUUUUUCCACAUUUUGUUGUGGUACAGCCUGAAUUUCAAAUAUAUUACUAUAAAUAAGUUCAGGAGUAAAAAUGAACUUAACAAGUCACAUGAGUUGCAUGGACUCUCUGUGUGCAAUAAUAGUGUUCAACAUUAUUUUUUUAUGACUAUCUCAUCUCUGUACCCCACAUAUAAAAUUAUCUGUCAAGCGGUGAAUUUCAAACACAGAUUCAACCACAAAGAUCAGGGAGUUUUUCCAAUGCCUCGCAAAGAAGGGCACCUAUUGGUAGAUGGGUAAAAAAAAAAGCAGACAUUGAGCAUAUCCCUUUGAGCAUGGAGAAGUUAUUAAUUAUACUUUAGACGGUGUAUCAAUACACCCAAUCACUACAAAGAUACAGGCAUCCUUCCUAACUCAGUUGCCGGAGAGGAAGGAAACGGCUUAGGGAUUUCACCAUGAGGCCAAUGGUGACUUUAAAACAGUUACAGGGUUUAAUGGCUGUGAUAGGAGAAAACAGGAUGAAUCAACAACAUUGUAGUUAUUCCACAAUACUAACCUAAUUUACAGAGUGAAAAGAAGGAAGCCUGUACAGAAUACAAAUAUUCCAAAACAUGCAUCCUGUUUGCAACAAGGCACUAAAGUAAUACUACAAAAAAAAUUGGCAAAGCAAUUCACUUUUUGUUCUGAGUACAAAGUGUUAUGUUUGGGGCAAAUCCAAUACAACACAUUACUGAGUACCACUCUCCAUAUUUUCAAGCAUAGUGAUGGCUGCAUCAUGUUAUGUGUAUGCUUGUAAUCGAUAAGGACUAGGGAUUGUUUUAGGAUAAAAAAAUAAGCAGAAUGGAGCACAGGCAAAAUUCUAGAGGGAAAUCUGGUUCAUUUUGCUUUCCACCAGACACUGGGAGGUGAAUUCACUUUUCAGCAGGACAAUAACUCAAAACACAAGGCCAAAUCUACAUUGAAGUUCCUUACCAAGAAGACAGUGGAUGUUCCUGAGUGGCCAAAUUACAGUUUUGACUUAAAUCUGCUUGAAAAUCUAUGGCAAGACCUGAAAAUGAUUGUCUAGCUAUGAUCAACAACCAAUUUGACAGAGCUUGAAGAAUUUGGAAAAGGAUAAUGGGCAAAUGUUGCACAAUCCAGGUGUGGAAAGCUCUUAGAGACUUACCCAGAAAGACUCACAGCUGUAAUCACUGCUUAAGGUGCUUCUACAAAGUAUUGACUCAGGGGUGUAAAUACUUAUGUAAAUGAGAUUUCUGUAUUUCAUUUUCAAUAAAUUAGCAAACAUUUAUAGAAACAUGUUUUUACUGUCAUUAUGGGUUAUUGUGUGUAGAUGGGUGAGAUAAAUAUAAAAAAAUCUUUAAUCAAUUUUAUAUUCAGGCUGUAACACAACAUUUUAUAUUCAGGCUGUAACACAACAUUUUAUAUUCAGGCUGUAACACAACAUUUUAUAUUCAGGCUGUAACACAACAUUUUAUAUUCAGGCUGUAACACAACAAAAGGUGGAAUAAGUCAAAGGGUAUGAAUACUUUCUGAAGCCACUGUAUCUGUAUAUUAUUACUACCCUUUCCUCCUGACUCCCCAAACCUCCUCUUCAGGUUGAACAAAUGCCUUAUAAACAUUGUUAAAUAGCAGCUUUGAAUGAUAGGAUGGUAAACGCUUUUGUUGUUUGUUUGCACAGCUGACUCUUCAUGCAGAGUAUGACUUUGAUUUUUAUAGAAAUUAGAUGGAUUUCUGAGUUUGUGAUAUGGAGACGCUUGACUUUCGAUGAAUAUAAUGUUUUAUGCGAUGGAUAGAUGAACACUGGUUUUCUCCAGACCGAGGUAGCCCGUUAAGACAAGUAAAUAUAUAUAUUUGUAACUGUAAGUAGACUCGUUGGAGUUUAAUUAAAGGUGGUGUUUGAAUUAUCCACAGAGCAAGACGGACCUGUGUUCCUCUGAGCUCUGUCAUGCAAUAACUAAUGUGCGUCUGAAAUGGCACCCUAUUCCCUGUAUAGUGCACUACGUUUAGCCAGCACACUGGUCAAAAGUAGUGCACUAUACAGGGAAUCGGGUGUAAUUGUGGAUGCACACUAACUGUCUUGAUGCCCUGGGCCCAGUUUUUCAAAACUUUUAGUCUGGAUAAGAAUGAUCCGGAUUCUGUAAUCCAUUUUUGCAAUCCAGGAUCAGAUUGAUCUGACUGUUUUGGAACAGUUUUUCAGAAAAUAAUCGGAUAGGAUCAUUCUGAUCCACAACAAGAAGAUCACAGAAUCCAGAUUGUCAGUGCUUUCAACAGGCCUAUACUUUUCCAUCUAGUGGACAGAUUAUGGUACUUCUACACUGUCAUAGGGAAACAGAGAUCAGUAAACUACAUGAAUAAAGGUAACUAUAUAACAAAUAAUAGAGCCUGCAUAUCACUUAUAAGUAAGUACAUGCAUUUAUCUGACACUUCUCAAUAUACCAACUGACCACACACUUAAUACGGCGGUCAAUUUAACGUAAUGAACCUUUCGUUUUCAGAUGUAAGAAUGUUUUUAGUUACAUUGAAAUGUAUUGGUUGUGGUGCUUUUCACCUUUCUAAAUCCACCCUGAAUACACCCUUCCAGUGGGAUCAAGAUCAUCCAUACUUUCUAAAUCCACCCUGAAUACACCCUUCCAGUGGGAUCAAGAUCAUCCAUACAUUCUAAAUCCACCCUGAAUACACCCUUCCAGUGGGAUCAAGAUAGUGGGAUCAAGAUAAUCCUGAUUUUAGGCAUCAAAACUAUCAUCAUCACUACCUUUUUUGAGUAAAUAAAAUGCAAAAAAUACAUUUAAUCCCAAUUUAAUGGUCAGAUUGGAUUACCAAAUCUGGAGGAUCAGAAUAAUUUUGUUUUCUUUUGAAAAACCCAAUUCUAUCAUGUAAUUUUAUCCGAUUGCAGAAAUCCGAUCAGAUAACUUUUGAAAAACUGGGCCCAGAGACUGUGUGCCUUCCACUUUGUAACAACCAUACCUUCUGAGGGUAAAGCAGCUUCAAUCGAAAUACUAUUGGAAAUAAUAUAACACAUUGAAAACUGCAGAUUUAAACUGUUGAUAAAAGUAUUUUAUAUAUAGUCCUUCAUAUAUACUGUAUUUAUGUAUAGCCACCCCUCCACCACCCCUGACGAACAAGGUUAAAUUAGUUUUAAAAAACGACUUCCAUUUUUGUAUGUUGUUGGUUCUUCCACGCCCCUUGUGUGUUGCACAUCACAACAAUCACAACAAAUGAUCAUUUUGUCUUCAGGAUGGUACCUUAACAAAAAUAUGUAUUUGUCAAUCUUCCUCCUUGGGGAGACAUACAGACUGCGAAUGUAUGGAAUAUUGAUAGCAAUAAUAAAAAGAUUUUCAGUUUGCCUGAGAAUUACAACAACAAAAAGUCCAAACAAAAUGACAAAGCUGAGUGUUAAAAAGCAACAUAUUCCAGUCCAACAUCAUCAUAAGGAUGUUUACAGAAUGUGAUUCUGAAUGCUGGAUAGAUGUAUGUAUGUAUGCCAUACAUUACUUAGCCAUGCUGUAAUAUAACAUGUUGAUUGGUCUGGAUAGGAACAACUCCUAUUGCCUUAACAUGUUCUCUGUGAUUGGACAAUGAUAUAUGUAUAUUCUUGCAUGUAUAUUUUUUCUCUGAGAGGAUGUUGCUAAUGACAACUGUCCAAGUCCAAUCAGAAAUAUAAAAUAAUUCUGCUAUACACAGAAAACCUGCCUGAUGCCUUUAAAAAACAUUUUUUUAAAUGUUUAAAAAAAAAAACUUGAUGCCUAUAGUUGUAGAUGCAGCAGAGAUGCUUGGUUCUGUUACUUCAAGGCUCCGUUUACACAGGUAGUUCAAUUCUGAUCUUUUUCUCACUAAUCAGAUCAGCUCUGAUAAAGUUCUGUGGUUGGUCAAAGAACCAAUUAGUGGACAAAUAUCAGAAUUGGGCUGCCUGUAUUAACACAGCCUUCUAGAGUAUGAGCACAAUACUUAUUAGUCCUGCAUACCAGAGGGCCAGUCAGUGAAUCUGCCUUGUAAAGGACACAGUGCAUUUAGUAGAUUAUAUUAAGUGUGGAUGUGUGCGCUUGUACCCAAUAAACUGUAGAUAAGUGUUUUUUUUACAAUGAAUUUCAGUUCUGUACAAUACAAGCACACAGAUGCAUAAGGCUACUAUGCAAACCAUGACGAAAGCACCAUGACAACGUGAUAUUUGGCAUGAAGUACAAAAUAACAAAAUAAUCUCUCGUGGCUUUUGUUUUAUGUGUAAAACCUUUUCAAAUAGUGAGGAGAGAAUGUCACUAUUUGUUUAUUUAAACUAUAGGAAGGCCUUAACUCAUGUGUUGAAUAUGAAUUACUGGUUUGUUAUGCUCUUCUGGGUUAAUAAUUUACUUGAGAAUAUACAUUUUGGACAGCAGGACGUGUGUUACAAGAGGAAGGGCUGGCUCUAGUGCUGCUUGUGAGACUGUUACCUGAUUCCCAGUAUAGAGCUGAUCAGAACCGUACUGUGCUGGCUUGGAUGUUUCAUUUUCACAUGGUCCUUUCCAGCACUUUGUAGAUGCGUAAACAGGGCAGCCCAGUACAGCUCGGCUUGGCGCAGUUUGGCCCUAUAGUGUGAAUGAGGCAUAUGAGUCCAGAAACAAGAGCAGCAUUAAAUUCAGUAACCGUUCGCUCUCUGUCAUCCUCUUCUGGAAAACCAAAGAUCAAACAAUAUGUUCCCAUUUUACAUACUGGUAAAAAGCAACACAGACUGACAUUAGAACUCUAUUUUUGAUACUUUGAAAUGGAUGUCAUUCCUAACGGUUGGAUACAUAUAUCUAUAAAUAUAUGUUUUGUAAAAGAAAAGGGAAAUACAAGUUUUAGAUGAUGUUUACAGGAACCUUGUAUUGUCAUUUCAUGUACAUUUUAUAUUUUAAAACCAUUUUGUAAUUUAAGACUUCAAUGCUUUUUGAAUUUAUUCAAAGGGAAUACCUUGCAUUUAGGCUCUUACAGUAGUGUAUCAAUAAAAAUACAAAUGUCAA